AAGGUUGUCCUAACCUAAAAAAAUUACAAAUCGAAGGAACCGGAGUGGAAGAAGACCUAAAGCACUUACCCAAAGUACUAGUAGCUGGUGGCAGUUUAGUGUUGAUUGGUCAAUCAGACACUGAAAGUCCUAAUUCACAACUUUACACCCAAAUUGGUGGUGUCACUGCUAUUGCUGGUCCUUUUGUGGAGACAAUUACUUC